AUGGAUAGAAAUCAUAAACCGUUGAGAAUAAAUCGUCUAAAAGCUGGGACCCUCCAAGCUAGUGCUGGAGAGCAAGUGUUCCAGACAGAUGUCCAUUCCGCUGGCCAUGAUGGACUAAGCCUGCCGGCCCUGGUAGACUGCCCCCAGGACAGGCCUCGAAAGGCUGGGACCCUCCAAGCUAGUGCUGGAGAGCAAAUGUUCCAGACAGAUGUCCAUUCCGCUGGCCAUGAUGGACUAAGCCUGCCAGCCCUGGUAGACUGCCCCCAGGACAGCCCUCGAAAGGCUGGGACCCUCCAAGCUAGUGCUGGAGAGCAAGUGUUCCAGACAGAUGUCCAUUCCGCUGGCCAUGAUGGACUAAGCCUGCCAGCCCUGGUAUACUGCCCCCAGGACAGGCCUCGAAAGAACCUUGUGCCGAAGCCCCCGCAAAGCCCCAGGCCCAGCCGAGAGGCCAAUAUAGCAAAGGCAGAAAAGAAGGCCAGGGAGUCUAUCAAGGCUAGAAGGGCUAGGGAGGCUAAGGCAGGGGUGAAAAAACUAAGCCGCCAAGUAGUUGGUGUGUCGGGACUGCCUCAAACUCUUCUAUCUCGAACAACCAGAUACAGUGUCCUGCCAGCUAUCAAGAAGGGCACUAAAGUUACUAAAAUGGAGACAACAGAACCCCUAUGUCCCUUGACACCUGAUGGGGAGAUAAUGAUGACAACCACCCAUGCAGCACGGGCAGCUCCUUCCCAGACCCUGGAAGAAGAGGUGGGGGGAGCUGAGGUCUCCGAGAUGAGUGACAGCUCCCUGAUGCUUACUAAGAACAGGCAGGACUCCCUGGAGAAUAUUCCCUCCCUCCUACCAGGCAAGGAGGACAUCCUCCUUCGCAGCACUCCCUGUGCCACCGUCAUGAGCCCCCAGACUCUGAAGUUUAUUCUCCAUGGCAUCAUGUGCCGACUGGAGGCCUCAGAGUCCCCCCAGACAAGGAGGACCAAUGACCCCUUCAGGCUGAUGAAGGAUCUCUUUGUGGAGGUCCAGCAUGCCCUGAAGAAUGCUGACAUCUCUGUCGUCUUUGGCCUGGAGGAGAGCAUCCAAUUCAGUGGGGAGGAUGCGGUGAAGGCCAUCGUGAAGACUGCGGCUAAAAGAUUGUCCCUGCGUUCAGACUCCAACCGGGCUCAACUGCGUGCCGCACGCUCUGGUAGCGAGGGAGCCAUCGGGUGCAUGGCGGACACCAUCACACAAGUCAUAGAUGACUAUUCCGAGAACUGGAGUUCCGACGGCCAUUUUGGAGCCAGGAGGAGCCGUGCUAGUGGGAGAUCACACUCCUCAACCUCCUCAAGGAGUGACGUCACCCUCACCGAGGAGCUCCUGGCUUGGAGGGAAACCCUAGAAGAGGACCUAGAGGAGAUGGCUGAUGACAGCACUGGUUUGGAAAAGACCAGUGUAAGCUCAGCCAUCUCUGAGAAGUCCCAGGUAAUUAGAUACCUUUCUGAAAGCACCAAGCCCAUCAGCAGCGCCCUCUCCACAGACCUCAAGGACAUCACCUCCACACAGAAAGAGAAGGAAGAGGCUAUGAAGAAAGAAGUGAGGAAGUCAGGAAAGAAGAAGCGAGGAAAUAACAAGGACCAGAAGAAGAACAAGGUGUCUCCUCUUGGCAAUGAUAGUAUUGUAGCUGCAGAUGAGCCUAAGAAAAAACAGGCUCUCCUCCCGCGGAUCACAGCCGCCCUGGCAAAAGUAUUUUGCUUCCCCUGCAAAAACAAAAUGCAAAAAGUAACUGUGCAGAAGACGAGUUUGGGAUAAUCCUGCUGCCACCUCCCCCAACCCAUUUUUUAAAAAAAACUCUCAAAGCCAACAGAAGAGGGAGGGAGACAACACCCCCUACUCACAACUCAUUUUAUUACACCCCAUUUAAUUCAAUAAACACAACUUGCAGCUAUUUUG